GAGCAUAAUCAACAUACGGAAGACCGGUAUAAAAGCUGGAAGUAAACACAGAAGCUUCAUCAGUACGCAUCUAAGUUUUGAAACAAACUCAAAAAAGUAGUUCAAUUGUUAAGUGACUAAAAUCAAAUUCCUACCCAACAAAAUGGCCAAGUUCAUGAUGCUCCUCGCCCUACUGGUUGCCAUUGUGGCCAUGGUUAGCGCUCAGCACGGCCAUGGAGGCGGAUUCGGAAACCAAGGCGGAUUUGGACACCAGGGUGGACGUGGAGGUCAUGGUGGACACAACCAGGGCGGUUUCGGUGGUCAUGGAGCUCAGCCUUAUGGCGGACACGGACAAGGCGGAUUCGGACACGGACAAGGCGGACAUGGACAUGGACACGGUCGCGGACGCUACUAAACGUUUGUUUACAUAGUUGUCUAGGCCUAGGAUAAUUUUAAUAAAUGCGAUUCAAAUACCGAAUGGAAGAUUCCAAAAAAAUUUAUUCAAAUUAGAAAUAGUCCUCAAGGUCAUGUGGAACUGACGGCGCAACUAAUGAAUAAUCGAGCGAGCGUUGUGAUAGGAAAGCAAUUGAUAAUCUAUUUGUUUUGGGUGUUAUUAAACAUCAGACACACUUUACUGAUUAAACUCUUCCCGUUGGUCGAGUGUACUAAUUACGGCCAAGUUGUUUUCGACGAAUAAGCAUAGGGUAACCGUACCGUUAGUAGGAGUUGGAUUUCUAUUUACUAUUUUUGUCGAUUGUAGAUCGACACGUUAAAGAGAUGGCUUUGAAGCCCUAUGACAAUCAAGACAUUGCUAUGCUAUUUUGUCCAAUACUCGAAUCGUUAUAAAACUUCCUUGAGUUGUUAUUAAUUUAAAUUGGUAACAAUCACUUUGAUAUUGUAUAUCAUAGCUAAGUGUUGAUGUUUUACAAUUAUUUUUCCGAGUGAAUUUAACAAUUCUACUUGCACGGCUACUCUAUCUCCUUGUUUAUUUUGUGAUGGCGAUAACGAAUCAGCUGCUUUUGCGCCAGCCGGUAAUCGGUAAUCAAAUCAUCAUAACCACCCAUAAACUAUCUUGCUGAUUGCAUGCAAAUGAAAUUUCAAAAUUUUCAGAAAAAGAUUAGAGCGACCAUUUUUGGCCAAUAGAAUAGCGAUAAGUAGUGAAAUAUGUGCAAUUGAUAAACGGUUAGACUGCUGGAAAUAGAACGAAUUAGGAAAUGUCUCGAGCGUCUUACAUUUCCACUGGUAUGUUACCCCAUCGCAUGUUAGUGUUCAUUGAACACUUCCACAAUUUUUAUAUUAGCUGUUAGCAUUUUUGCAUUCGUCUUUAAUGUGGCCAACACGUGUGGAAAAUUAGGUGUGGCACAUAUGCAUGAAUCAAGAGCUGAAAUAAGAAAAUAUUGUGCAUCGAUAUGAAAUAUGACGGUCUUUGAUAAAGUUGCAAACUCGCUUGUACGAACUAAGCAUCUUUCUAGGAUUAUGUUUCCAUAUAACAUACAUAAUUGUAAAAUCAUAAUUGUAAAUCAUGAAUGAUAACCAUUAUUCAAUUUAAAGCAUUCCACUUGGGGCUGUAAUAGUCGUCCGAACACUACACUGUAGCAAGGUUAACAGCAAGAACAUACUUUAUGCUAGUGGAAUUGUACCAUAAUUUAGUGGAAGGUGGGAACAAAAUUGAAUAUGCAACGCAAUGCACAAUGCGAAACAUGUUCAUUUCGUAACAUGUGGUAGAAAAGGUAACAUUUUUGUCAAUUGCUCUACGUUUGCCGAAGAAAUUAGAGAUACAGGGACGCUCCAGUCGAUAUUAGAAAUUACAAGAACAGUGUGCAGUUGAGGAGCUUUGCAUUAGAACAUAUAAUGAACGCCAGAUUAAUUAUUAUUUCCAUGUUUUGGUGUGUACUUUUGAUUCCCAGCUUAUCAGAUGGGUCUGUGAUUAAUUUGUUCAUAGAAGCACAAAAACAAGUGAUCGCUCGUGAGGAAGCACUCCUGAAGCAGGCGCAAGAUGCAGUUAAGGAACGUAUUGAUCAAGCGUUCGAAGCGGCACACGAGGCACUGCUUAACGUGGUCCAACAGGUGCAUUACUACGCAACCUAUCCAUUUCGAGCUGGCAAUGAAAUGGUGGAACAAUCGAUGAACAUGCUUAGCAAUGCCACUUCGUCGCUGGCCGGAUACUUGCCGUCUUUUGGAAGUCAAACAAACGAGACGGCACAGAACUCCUACGGGAUUCCAGGGACCGCUGGUGAACCAUCCUUCAUCAACCGGGUUCAGCAGAUGGGAGAACAACUUUCUCGCUUGUCCGGGGUACGAGUUGUUAUGCAUACUGCAUCAGAAGGACCGUCGAGUGGACCAAUGUUAGAGAUCGGAUUUGGUGGAAAUGAGAGAAAUGAAAGUGAAAGUGGCAACGGUGGACAAUAAGUGGACAAAAUAGCUUUAUUCAUGAAUAAAGAAAUAAAGCCGUCACAGGUAUUUAUUAUAAAUUAUGUCCUUGAGCUUCUCGAGUAGUUAAGUAGGUAAAAAAUAAAAAAAUAAGUAUUAAAAUAAAUAAAAUGA